CCGGAGGCACAGAGUCAGGGACCUGCCUUCAGUCGAAUGACACACUUCCUGUACAGGUGUUAUUUUACACAUCAAUGUAUUGGCUUUAAUCCGAGAGAGCUUCAGUCUGCUGACUGCCCAGUGUAGACCAUGGCUCGGUGUCACACUGACUGUCUGGAGAAACCUCUCUGUAAAGUGUUCGGGAAGUUGGGAGCCCUCGUUGGGCGAUAUCCAUGGUGGUUUUUGGUGAUUCCUCUGAUCAUUUCUGUAGCUCUCGGCUCAGGGUUUUAUUUCUUUGAGCAAAAUGAAGCGAAUGACAUAGAGGAGCAGUUCACUCCUAUUCACGGUCAGGCAAAGUCUGAGAGAGAGUUUAUUAUGAAACACUUUCCAACUCAUGAUUCUCUGCCCUUCUCGGCGCCGAGGCUCUACACAGAGGGGACCUUUGCUUCUUUCAUCGCUGUUGCUAAAGGUGGCAGCGUCCUCACAGAGGCAGCAUUUAAAGAGAUUCUGCGGCUCGAUGGGGAAGUUAAAGGGUUUGUUGUUGAUAAGAAUAACUAUUCCAGUCUUUGUGCCAAAGCAGGAGAUUCCUGCUUCUCCAAUGUAAUCUUAGACUGUAUACAGUACGAUGCUGGUCAAGUGGAGAGCUUUAAAUUUACUUAUCCCGUCCAGAAUAGCACAGAAUGUAGUGGUUUCAUUGGUUUGUCUGUGGGGGGAGUGAAGUUAGAGGGAAAUAAUAUUAAAACAGCUUCUGCCGUUAGACUUGAUUAUUAUUUACGAGAUGACGACGCAGCAGAAAAUGUAGUUUACGAGCAGUGGCUGAAGAAGUUUGUUGAAGAUUUUCAAAACAAAUCGACAAAUCUGCAGUAUAUUCAGGUUUCAUAUUACACUUCCGUAUCAAGACAGACAGAGUUUGAAGGAAGCACCAAAGAAAUCGUACCACUAUUUUCAAUCACCUAUUUCCUUUCAAUAUUCUUUUCCAUUGUGUCUUGUACGAGGUUGGACCCUAUAAGGAAUAAGUUCUGGGUGGCUGCUCUGGGAGUGAUAUCAGCUGGAUUAGCUGUGCUCACAGGCUUUGGACUGCUGCUGUUUUGUGGGGUUUCAUUUGCCAUCAACACAGCUAAUGCACCAUUCCUCAUUCUCGGUAUUGGUGUUGAUGACAUGUUCAUUAUGCUCUCCAGUUGGCAGAAGACAAAGGUUCAUGCUAAAAUCGAAGAUCGCAUGGCAGCCACAUAUGCUGAAGCUGCCGCUUCCAUUACCAUAACGACUCUGACUGAUGUGAUAGCCUUUUACAUUGGUGUCAUGACACCUUUUCGAUCUGUGCAGUCAUUUUGCUUGUAUACAGGUACUACCGUUUUGUUCUGCUUCAUUUACAACAUUACAUUUUUUGGGGCGGUUCUGGCACUGAAUGGGAGAAGAGAAAACAGUAACAGGCAUUGGCUGACUUUCAGGAAGAUUCAAAUGCACCAUCAACCAGGAGAAUCGAAAUUCUAUGGAAUGUGCUGUGUUGGUGGGGAGUAUGAUGAGAUGUCCGGUGCUGAAACAGAGCAUCCAAUUUAUCUCUUCUUUAAGAAAUAUUAUGGCCCAUUCCUCACCAAUAUAUGGACCAAGGUAUUUGUGGUACUGCUGUAUGCAGGGUAUUUGGCAGGUGGUAUCUAUGGCUGUUUCCAGUUACAGGAAGGAUUUGAUCUUAGAAAUCUGGCCACUGACAAUUCAUAUGUGAUUAAAUUCUAUGACCAUGAAGAUAUGUUUUUCUCACAAUAUGGACCUCGGGUCAUGGUAUCAGUCUCAGAAUCAGUGGACUAUUGGAACACCAGUGUUCAGACUGAAAUUGAACGCUGUAUGGGCAAAUUUGAAAAUAACAUUUAUGUCGAUCGAGAGCUAUCAGAGUCUUGGCUUCGAACAUACAUUGACAUUUCUAAACUGAUGUCUAUUGAUAUAACGGCGUCUGAUUCCUUCAUAACAAAUUUACCUAAAUUGUUUAAGAUUGUCCCUUUGUUUCAACAAGAUAUUGAACUCUCACAAGAUAAUAAAAGCAUAACAGCAUCACGGUUUUUUAUUCAGACCAAAAAUGUCAAUGACUCAAUUGCCGAAAAAAACAUGAUGACUGAACUGAGAGAUCUGGCCGAGAGCUGUACAAUCCCUUUACAAGUGUAUCAUUCAGCGUUCAUUUACUUUGAUCAAUAUCUUGUUAUACAGAUCAACACAAUACAGAAUGUGGUUGUGGCAGCAGGUGCAAUGCUGGUUGUUGCCUUGUUGUUAAUUCCGAAUCCAAUUUGUUCUGUGUGGGUGACAUUAGCUGUCGCCUCUAUUUUAGCUGGUGUGGCUGGUUUCAUGGCUCUGUGGGAUGUUAAUCUAGACUCCAUAUCUAUGAUUAAUCUGGUUAUUUGUAUUGGGUUUUCAGUUGACUUCACAGCCCAUAUUUCCUAUGCAUUUGUUUCCAAUGAGAAAGCAAGUGCCAAUGAACGUACCAUCGAAGCAUUGUACACUCUUGGCUAUCCCAUUAUCCAGGGGGCGCUCUCCACUAUUCUGGGUGUUGUUGUGUUGGCUGCUGCAAACAUUUACAUAUUUCGGACAUUUUUCAAAAUCAUGUUUCUUGUCAUAUUGUUUGGUGCAAUUCAUGGCAUCGUAUUUAUGCCGGUGUUUCUGACAUUUUUUGGAAUAUGUGGCAAGCGAAAGGUUAACAAAGGAAAGGAGAUACCCAUUGGAAUGGGAAGUACUACAGAGAAGCAGUUGAGUAUUGAUGCGUUUUAGACUUGACAUCUUCUCCCCCUCCCUU